UGUAGUCAAAUAUUCUUUAUUAUUGUUCUGUUCUUGCUUGGUCAAAUCUCCCUUUUUUGUUCUUCUGCUGCUCCUCCUCCCCAGCCCCAGGUCUUCAGUUUUUUUAACUUCUCCUUGUGCAAAAGCAGCAACGACACCGGAGACCCGUAUACCAGAGCUGAAAAGGGAAUAAAUGGCAAGGCGGCCGGACGAGGAAUACGAUUACCUCUUCAAAGUUGUCCUAAUCGGGGAUUCCGGCGUCGGCAAAUCCAACCUUCUCUCCCGCUUCACUCGCAACGAGUUCUGCUUGGAGUCCAAGUCCACCAUUGGCGUCGAAUUCGCCACUCGCACCCUCCAAGUGGAGGGAAGGGUGGUGAAAGCGCAGAUAUGGGACACAGCAGGGCAGGAAAGGUACAGAGCCAUAACCAGUGCCUACUACAGGGGUGCCCUUGGAGCUCUACUCGUAUAUGAUGUCACGAAACCAACCACGUUUGAAAAUGUCAGCCGGUGGCUCAAGGAGUUGAGGGACCACGCAGAUGCCAACAUAGUGAUCAUGCUUAUUGGGAACAAGACAGAUCUCAAGCACCUGAGAGCAGUUGCUGCUGAGGAUGCACAAGGCUACUCAGAGAAAGAAGGAUUGUCUUUCAUCGAGACAUCUGCCCUUGAGGCAGUGAAUGUGGAGAAGGCUUUCCAGACGAUACUGUCGGAGAUCUACCGUAUCAUAAGCAAGAAGUCACUAUCGUCGGAGGAAGGGGCAGCGCCAGUUAGUGUGAAGGAAGGGAAGACAAUUGAUGUGGGAGGAGGAUCUGAAGGGAACACAAAGAAAUCUUGUUGCAGUACUUCCUAGACAGAUUGAUUUCAUUUUGUUAGCAGUGAUCUUGCUUUCCUUUUAAUUAUUGUGUUACCAGCUCCCCUUUGAAGUUGGUUUUCCUGACUCCCGAGGAUUGAUUUCCUCUCUGUGCCUUGUUGAAACUUGAAACUGUAGUGUUUUUGCCUAAUCCCCUUCUGAUCUUUUGGGUCAAUAUAGCCUUAUUGUUUUGUCAUUGUGCAUUGUUUCGUUUCUUUUCCUAAUCGGCUAAUCCCCUUGACUAUUGCAACCAUUCCCAAAACUCCAUCAGUACUGUUUCUCCUCUGCAGAAGUCAUUCCUAGUAAGAAUAUAGA